ACCACACGGACUUUGCCACCAACUGCCAGAACCAGAACCCACGGCAGACCCAGAGCCAGAGCCUGUCCGCGUGAUGCCUCUGCUCUGAACCGAUCCGAGAUCCGAUCCGAUCCACACCGCUCUUGCCCCACGAUCGCCCCUCACGCGCCGCGUUUUGUGUGGCUCUUUUGUGCCGCAUUUUCUGCGUUUUAACGACGGCAUUUGUGCGACUUGUCGGUCGGGAGGCCAAGACGCAAAAUAUACGAAAAUUUUUGGGGUUGCACCAAAGUGAGUUUCAAACGAAUUCUGCCACAGAUUGUUCGGGCCAAGAGUGCAAGUGACGAAUAUGAUAAUGAUUUUUGUUUGGCCCAGUGAGAAGAGUUUUUGUUUGCCAUUUUGAGGUCACAAGUUAUACAAUAUACGAUCAUAAGAAUAAUACAACAAAAAGACGACUGGUUGUCCACUUGACCAACUUCGGGGAGCACUCCGUAUCGAGGCGGGCUAAUCGUAAGGAGAAGGAGGUUUCUUUGGGGGGCUGCUAUCUACCUGGAAAGUGAUUACCCGUGUGCUCUAUGCUGUUCUGUUGCUGCUGUUGGCACAGUUAGCUGUAAGAACUGAUUAUGCCAUUGUUGCUAGCAAACUACUAUCAGCAACAGCAACGGCACGGGAAACGGCAGCAGGUUGCCAGCAAAAACAAAAACGGCAUGUUACUUGAAUACAAAAGCUAUUGCAAUACAAAUCAGGCUAGCGGCAGCAGCAGCAGCAACAGCAGCAACAACAACCAACGACAGCUGUGUCCAGCGGAAGCACUAACAAUGUCAACGCCGACAACAACAACCAAAUACAAAAUCAAUGGCGAGGCCAACGAAAGCGUUGCGGCCAGCACACUGCUCUACCAUCAUCCACAUCCACAUCAUCAUCAUCAUCCACAUCAUCAUCAGCUCAGCAACCUCCAUCACCAGCAACAGCAACAACAGCAGCAGCAACAACAACAGCAGCAGCUUCAGCAACAUCAUCAUCCGCAUCAUCCGCAAUUGCUGCUGCAGCAGCAACUCCUGCAGCAACAUGUGGCCAGCAGUUCGCCGCUGCAACAUCUGAGCAAUCUAUUUGGCCAACAUUUGCCUACGCACAGUCUGCAACAUUUGAUAGCCGCCGAGUACUGGCAACAACAACAACAACAGCAGCAACAACACACGGCAGCAACAAUUAAAAGCGAGCCAACAACUCAAUCAGCGGCGGUGGCGGCGGCGGCGGCGGCAGCAGCAACAUCGGUAUUUGGGUUCACGCCUCAGCAACACGUCAAUUUGGCCGCCUCGCUGGUAGCCCUAAAGCAAAACGAUCCCGUGGCCGUUGCUGCCAUGGUCCCCAGCCCCACAGAAAUGCCGUGCACACCGAAAAGAACUGCAACAUCCCCACCAUUGCAGGCGCCAAAAGCCACAGCAACAGCAACAACAGCAGAAUCAACAGCCUCCGGAACAAUUGACGAUAACGAUGACGAUGUUGCCGACGCCGACGACGACGACGAAGACGAAGACGAAGACGAGGCCGAUAAUGAUGACAGCCACUUCAGCAACAUCUGCAUGCAAAAUCCUGGCGUUGAAGACUUUAAAUUUGAGCCCAGUGAACCGCAUGUGGUGGCCGUGAAUGAAGCCAUCCUAACGAGCCCCCGGUCUGUGGCGAACAAAGAUGAAACUUUGACUGCUGUUGACACAAAUAUGCGCGAUGUCAGCGCAAAUCACAGCAGCAGCUCCUGCGGCUCCUCCCCAAGCUCCCAGUCGAGGGCAUCCAACGAGACGAUGGAACACGAUGAUGGCCAAGAAGACAAGAAGCCAACGCUUCAAUUGAAGCUGCAGUCGUGUGAUGAAUACUCGUAUGUUGAGCGGCCAACGGCAGACAAUGCCCCAUCGCCUGUGCAGCUGAAAGCGGAGCCCCAACACGAGGAGGAGCAGGCAGACCAGGGACUGGGAGCAGCAUUUCCUCUCUACGGACACUUGAACAAUGCCAGCAAGGAUGUGAGGGACCUGGAGCAAUGCCUGAAAUUGCAGGACCCAAAUGAUAUCAGCCGCCUGUCGCGCUCGCCGUCGCCACUGCAAUCGAAUGCCUCCGAUUGCGAUGACAACAACUCGAGUGUCGGCACCUCCAGCGACCGCUGCCGCUCGCCCCUGAGUCCCGCCCUGUCGCUGACCCACCAGCAGGCCAAGCGCCAGCUGCUGUCGCUGCCCCAUCCGGCCCACCACCACCACCACCACCACCACCACCAUCUGAACCACCUGAACCACCACCAGUACAAGCAGGAGCCGGAUCAGGAGCCGGAGCAGGAGCAGGAGGACUACGAGGACGCCAAUGGCGGUGCACUGAACCUGACGAGCGACAAUUCGCGGCACAGCACCCAGUCGCCGGCCAAUUCCGUAAAGUCCACGAUCGUGUCGCCGGCGCCGGUGGCCGUGGCCUCGCCAGUGCCGCCCAUGAUCUCGCCCGUGCUGCCGCUGCCCCAUGUGGCCAGCGGGGGAGGCUCCACGCCCACCUCGAUGGCGGCGGCGGCCGCCGCAGCCGCCGCAGUGGCCAGCGGCAUGUCGCCCCUGCUGGCCAUGCCGGGCAUGUCCUCGCCGCAGGCCCAACUGGCGGCGGCCGCCGGCCUGGGGCUGAACAAUCCGCUGCUGGCCGGCUCGCUGUCCCCCCAGGACUUUGCCCAGUUCCAGCAGCUGCUGCAGCAGCGGCAGGUGGCCCUCCAGCAGCAGUUCAACAGCUACAUGGAGCUGCUGCGCAGCGGAUCGCUGGGCCUGGCCCAGGACGAUCCCGCCCUGACCACCCAGGUGGCGGCCGCCCAGUUCCUCAUGCAGAGCCAGCUGCAGGCCCUCGGCCAGGCCACCCAGCAGCUGCAGGCCCUCCAGAAGCAGCAGCAGCGCCAGCAGCAGCAGCAGGAGGACUCCUCCAUGCCCCUGGCCCUCCCGCUGAGCAAGACGAGCCACCACCACCCGCACCACCAGCAGCCGCGCAGCUCCACGCCCCACUCGGCACGCAGCCCCAUCGCCGUGCGCAGUCCAGCCAGCUCCCCGCAGCAGCUCCACCAUCCGCUCCAGAUCACGCCGCCCAGCUCGGCGGCCAGCAUCAAGAUGAGCGGCGGCAUGCUGACCCCUAGCACCCCCACCAGCGGCACGCAGAUGCACGGCACCACCACGCCGCAGCCCAAGACGGUGGCCAGUGCGGCGGCCGCCCGGGCCGCCGGCGAGCCCUCCCCCGAGGAGACCACCGACCUCGAGGAGCUCGAGCAGUUCGCCAAGACCUUCAAGCAGCGCCGCAUCAAGCUGGGCUUCACCCAGGGCGACGUGGGCCUGGCCAUGGGCAAGCUCUACGGCAACGACUUCUCGCAGACGACCAUCUCGCGGUUCGAGGCGCUCAACCUGAGCUUCAAGAACAUGUGCAAGCUGAAGCCCCUGCUGCAGAAGUGGCUGGACGAUGCCGAUCGCACCAUCCAGGCCACGGGCGGAGUCUUCGAUCCGGCCGCCCUGCAGGCCACCGUCAGCACGCCGGAGAUCAUUGGGCGGCGGCGCAAGAAGCGCACCUCCAUCGAGACCACCAUCCGCGGGGCACUCGAGAAGGCCUUCAUGGCCAACCAGAAGCCCACCUCGGAGGAGAUCAGCCAGCUGGCCGAUCGCCUGGGCAUGGAGAAGGAGGUGGUGCGCGUGUGGUUCUGCAACCGGCGGCAGAAGGAGAAGCGCAUCAAUCCCUCGCUGGACAGUCCCACGGGCGCUGACGAUGACGAGUCGUCGUCCUACAUGAUGCACUAGAGGCCCGAGGCAGGAGGAGGAUAUCCAGGGACAAACAGAGUGCAAUGUGCGCAGGACACACGAGGAGGCAACACGAAGAGCAGGUUCAAAGUCGCAAACACAUCAAAUAUUAGCCUAAUUCUUGACUACGAUUGGGGGCCGCCCACUCCCCCCACACAAAGAAAUGGGGGCGUUUGUUUAUGUUAACUAUUAAUGGAUCGUAUUUAUUGCAUGGAAAAAUCAACCAAAAAUAUUGCUAAUCAAGUGAACGGCUGCUGAUCGACGGCUCCGCCGUUCACUCGAUCACCGACUUUUUUGGGAGGCCAUAGGGAAAUCGAUAGACGAUAGCCGAUAGGCAAAUCACUUCGAUUUCCCUUUGGCCCUGUACUACGUGGCGUCUGUGUAUUAUUAAUAUUUAAGUACAGUCUCUGCACAAUUUUCAAAGUCAACAAAAUGAAUUCCUAGCGAAUAUCUAUACAAAAAAAAUAUAUAUAAAAUAUUUGAAUCGUUCCCUAAAAAAAACAAAAGCAAGGUACAUUUUUAAGCAUAUUUAUUUUUCGCGUGAAU